GUUCGUCUUCACUCACAUGAUGUAAAAUAUGGGUCAGGAUCAGGUCAGCAGUCUGUCACAGGAACUCAACAGCAAGAUGACCACAACUCUAACUGGCUGAUUAAAGGCACCCCGAAGAAGUCAUGUAAACGAGGAACCCCCAUUUCAUGUGGUCAGCAAGUAAGGCUAGAACACCUUGCAACAAAACGCAAUCUGCAUUCACACCACUUCUCCUCACCUCUGUCAGACCAACAAGAAAUUUCUGCAUUUGGUAGUGAUGGUGAGGGUGAUUCUGGGGAUGAGUGGCUUGUUAUUUGUGAUGGUGAAGAAUGGGGCAGAGAGCAGUAUAUCAUGUUCAGGCACAUAGAUACUGAUGUAUAUCUUGGAGUAACAGGACAGCAGUAUGGGAGGCCAAUUCAUGGACAGAAUGAAGUGGUAGGCUUGUCUCGCCCAGGUGUCCAAGCAAAGUGGCAGACAAUGGAAGGAGUUUUUAUUAAGUCAACAGAUUUUUCUGAAGAUGUUAGAGUUUUCCAUGAUCCUAGUGAACUCUAACUGUAUAUACCUUAGAUACUUUUAAACCUAAAUUGAUUUGGCAUAGGUGUUUUAAUUUAUUCCUUUUAGAUAUACUAAAGUUAUGGCAGUAUUGUUAUGAUGUUUUUUUUUUCUUUUCUUUUCAUUUCUCAAUAUAUUUAAUGAAUAAAUUUCCAUACAAUGUCAAAAAUACAUUUUGUAGCAGACUUUAAGGAAAAACUUACCUUUAUUUAUUUAUGAAGGAAAAGGUUUUUGCACAAGAUGAAGGGCAUUUUCUGCCUCCAGAUGAAUGUGUGUGUGUAUAAAUACAACAAAUCUCUUCAGUA